GUUGCCUCUUAUCUUCACAUUUCCAUCCUUGAUCAUCGACGGACAUCUUAUUUGCGACAAUAAUAAUAACAACAACGGCAAUGGCUUCCCAAGAUCACCAUGCCGUCGCGUCCAACAACACGCACUUCGACUCUGAGGAGAAGUUUCGCUAUGAGCUUGCCAAAACAGUAACCCUAACACCAGAGCUGUACGAGAGGCUGUUCAUCUCUCCUAAGACGCCGGUCUCGGGUGAUUUCCGUACGCGAUUUGGAAACCCAACACCCAUUGGUGUGCUCGGGUUCUCCGUGGGCGUCAUUCCUCUCGCCGUCUCCUUCAUGGGAUGGCAAGGCUCUGGUGGAUCUUCAGUUGCAACAACCACCGUCAACAUCUGGUUUGGCGGCGUCCUCCUUUUUAUCGCUGGUGUCGGCGAGUUCCUGCUCGGCAACACCUUUCCCAUGAUGGUCUUCUUCGCCUACGGUGCUCACUUCCUGUCCUACGCCACACUUUUCAUUCCCUGGUAUAAUGCUAUUGGCUACUUCAACCCUGACGGCUCAGGUGCUGGAAGCCCAGGACCUGGAAAUCAGACUGCAAUGUUCGCUGCAAGCUUUGCUUUCUACCCGAUGGUCAUGUGCAUCCUUUCUUUCAUCUUCCUCAUCGGCUCGCUCCGCACGAACUUGGUCUUCGUCAUCAUCUUCGUCUUCGCAACUAUCGGCUUCGGUCUCGGUGCUGGUGCUUUCUUCCACCUCGCACGCGGCAACAUCGUUGUUGGUACACGGCUGGCGACUGGGCUUGGAGCGUGCUUUUUCGCCACAGGAGUUUUAGGGUUCUACUUCUUACUGGCGCUCGUUGUGGCUAUCAUGGAGCUACCCAUCCCCGAUAUUCCCGUUGGUGACAUGAGCACUAUUAUCAAGGCCAGGCCAAGGGGUGUGAUCAAAGAGGAAUAGGUGUACGAUACAACGAAUGGAGAGUGAUGAAGGCUCGGCUACGGCCUGGAGCAUGACGAUGCGAUGGAAGUACGUACAAAUGCGCAAUUCGAGCUAUAAGGCUCACACAGUGUAUACAAGUCUGAGAGCGACCGGAAAAAAGUUC